UUUAAAUCCCAAGCAUCCGCAGGCAUCCUGGCACAUUUGCGGCGCGCACACACACAAAACGCGCGCGUGUCGUGAUGUCAGCCGCCUGCAUUUUUUGAUAACACAUUCUGCAACUUACUCGUUCUGUUUGCGGUUCAAUUAUGCAAUUACGCUGAUAAUCGCAGUGAGGGAAUUUAACUGCCUUUAAUUUGUUAUUCAGGUGGAGAUGAUGGAGGGACCGCGGAUGGAGGAGCGGGGCUGCGCCUCGGCUCUGCGCAGACUGCGGCGGAGGCGCUGCGUUCUGCAGAUGAAUCCCGGGGAAAUGAAGAUCUGCUGGAGGCUUUGCUCCGCUUUCAUCCUGAGGAGGAUCUCUGACCUCGGGUGGCGCACAUCUGGUUCUUCGGACCCCAGCCCCACACUCACCAAUCGGCUUCUCGCUCGCACGGGGUGGACCAAUCAGCGACAACCCUUGAUGAAUAUUCAUGAGUCCGAGAUUCAAACCUGUGAGCGAGUUUGUCUCGGUCCACAGCAUCACUCCCAGGACUUUUCCACGGGCGCGAACUGCAUUUUCUUAUGAAUGGAAGGAGAAAAAAUCAGGCCGGCUUAAAUUGGGACCCGUCCUUUCGCUGAGAUCACAGACGGAGGAAAACAACAAAAGCGCAGAGGAGACGGGAGGGAACCGCCAGAAGAGAUGACAAUGACCACGAUUCCAGAAGGUCUUAAUAGCCCUGCGUCAGGAAAAGCCGUUUUCAUGGAGUUUGGACCCCCGAGUCAACAAAUGUCUCCUUCCUCCAUGUCCCACGGACACUACCCCAUGCACUGUUUACAUUCUGCAGGUCACACGCAGCACGACAGCUACAGCCCAGCCUCGUCGUUCCCCAGAUCUCUGGGUUAUCCGUACGUAAACUCCGUCGGCAGCCACCCCACAAGUCCAUACCUGAGCACAGUACAGACUUACCAGAACAGCUCGGGGCUCACACAGACGCGACUGGAGGAUCCAGCGGCACCGGAGGCUGAGAAGAACACAGUUGUGGAAGGCGGGGAGGUGCGAUUUAACGGCAAGGGGAAAAAGAUUAGAAAACCAAGGACUAUAUACUCCAGUUUACAGCUCCAAGCGCUCAACAGGAGAUUUCAACAAACGCAAUACUUGGCGCUGCCGGAGAGGGCUGAGCUGGCAGCGUCGCUGGGUCUCACUCAGACACAGGUAAAAAUCUGGUUUCAGAAUAAACGCUCCAAAUUCAAGAAACUGAUGAAGCAGGGCGGCAGCACAAUCGACACCAACGUUUUAGCCACCGGUCGCGGACUUUCCACCGGCUCGCCCACCGUGGCACCGGUAUGGACGUCGCCGACCACCGUGAAGACGUCGGUGGGCACGACCGGCUCUUACAUCCCCAGCUACACCUCGUGGUACCCGACCACACACCAAGAGUCUAUGCAACAGUCGCAGCUCAUGUGAGCCGACGCUCCAGCGUCCAGGGACGCGGCGACGGACCCCGCAGCCAGCCGCCCGAGCAGCCGAGGCGUCGGCGUUGACGAUGCUCCACGAUAAUUAAAAAAAAAAAAGAAAAAGAAAAAAAAAUGCUGCCGCGAGCUGACACCGAGGCCUCCUCGUGCCAGCUUGCAGAGAGAGAAGAGGGAGGGGGGGAAGCAAAAAGACUGGGGGCGAGGGGGCGCUGAGAGAGCGAAAAGGCGCACAAUGCACCACGCGGGCAUCAAGUCCGUGGCGGCGGAAAUCAAAACGACAAAAAAAAAACACACAAAAAAAACAAAACAUUUUUUUUCUCUCCUUUGGCUGCUGUUGUUUACGUUUCUUUUAUGUUUAUUUUUUUCCCUUAAACUCGAAUUGGUGUGAAGAAUUCUGUUGUUGAGCUGUAGGCUACAUGUUUAUGAGAAAAGCUUUUUUUUUUUUUUUUUUUUUAGUUUUUUUGUCUAUGCCAGAUGACGACCUAAAACCACGCAUUAACACCCGAGGGCCAAUCGGGCCGCAGCAAGUGAAGGCUUUAAACCAAAUAACCGAUCCCAGACUCCGCCGGUCCGGUCAGGCCGCCCAGCGCGCAGCGUAACGCAACCACAGUAAAUCCUCACGUCGCCGUGUCGUUUCUAUGUGUUUGUUAUUUAAGUUAAGUUAUUCAGACUUGUCUGUGUUCAUUCUGUGUGCGUGUUUGAGAUGACAACACUGUGUUGUUGAAAUGCUGCACUAACGCAAAAGCAGAGCUUUUUUGUUUUGUUUUGUUUUGUUGUUUUUUUUUCUAUGCCGUGCCCCGAUUUUAUGUGAACCAAUGUAAAAGGACAGCCGAUUCGCUGCUUCUGAGAAAGAGAGAAAAAAAAUAUCCAGAGGAUGAGCAGCUACAACUUGUCACUGUAUUUUGUGUAUAAUUUUCAGAUGCGUUUUGUUUUCUUUCUUUUUUUAUAAUUAUUAUUUGUGCUGUUACUGGAUACGCUGUGAAACAGGGUUUUAGGCUUUUUGUGUAUAUUACUCGUCGACAUGUGUUUUAGUCACCAUAGAGGAUAUUUAGUUUUGUAUUGAUCACUUAAUUUAUUUAUCUGUUUCUGGAGUUUUUUUUUUUUUAAUUUUAUGUACAUAAAAGUGAAAAAAGUUUCAAAAGCAGUAAAAUAUGAUUUAAAUUAUGUUUAAACACGGUGUCUGAUUCAACCCUCUCUUCCUGUGCAGCACCUCCUCUUCCUCAUCCUCCUCCUCUUCCUCCUCCUCUUUUCUGCAGCGCCGUGCAGCUUUAAUGCGAGCUGACACAACGCAGGAUCAUGUUGGCUGUUGUAGCAGACACCAUUUGAGCCGCAAAAAGGCGCCCCGUUUAGGUUAUGGCCAUGUUUAACAAUCGGCCCUACAUGCCUUUGUCCAGCUUCUGCUCAGUGAAUGCGGAUGUGAUAAAACAC